AUGACUUUUUCUAGUCGCUAUGGUAACGUCUGAACAUUAAAAGACGAAACUAAAGGUAACACGAUAGGAUGUUUCUAGCUGAUUAAACGAUUCCAGUGAAAGUGGCGGCCGAACGGAGCUCCUCAGGGCUUCCCAGCUGCUCCAGUUCGAACUGUUCCUCGAGGAAGCCGCCCUUCAACUACAGUCGUCAGUCCACAGACUGCUUCGACUUUGACACUUUAUGCUCCUUCGAGGAAUUCCUUCAGCUGGACCCGGAAUCCGUUACGCUGGAGGAGGGAGGGUCAGGCCAUACCAACCAGGCAUUCGUCGCCAGCGAACUACCCCGCCCGAACCAUCCUCAGAGUCGACUGGUCGGUGUGUACCACAACAACCACGAACGCAUCGACUUCUUCGUCGCCGACGGUGAGCUUCAAACAAAAGUGACACGCGAUAAUCUGCUAAUCCUGCCAUUUCAGAUUACACGGCCGCGCCCUUGGAGUCAGGGGCCGUUUCCUUAGAUAGCACCCUGCCCGGAGGCGCCAAGGAUCCUACGCGCACAAUUACGCCGCGGGCAUUAAGUGUGUCCCAACUUACCACGCAGGUAUGUCGUGCCAAAACCAUAUUUUGCGUUUUUAAAAAUGCGUUUUCUUGUCGUGCAUAACCCCAUAAAGCCUAUUUUCUGUCAGAAAUGGUGACAUUAUUUAUUGUAAACCAAUAAGUUAUAUUUUCCUUAUAUUCAUUACGUUUAAUCGCCUAUUUUUAACUCAAACUGUCUUUUUUAAAAAAGAAACAGUUUUAAUUGACUAGAUCCACCAAUUACAAGUCUUACCCAAAAGAACAAGAUAUCUUUAAGGUACCACCGCCUUCAACCCGACCCGCUGACCGCCUCCACCCUGUAAUCCGGCGUGGCUUCAAGUCCUGUCUUUGUGACGCCUUCUGUUUCCAAGCGCCUCAGGCAUCUGAAAGCGUGCAGACAAUGCCCACGAACUGCUGGUCAUCCAUGGUGAGUUUGUUGCCAUGCUAUAGGAACGACCGCUCGGCUCAAUACACUGUAGGACAGACCUCUACGGAACCUCAAGGAUACUCAUGGUAAGUGAGUACGGUAGAUAUAUGGUAUUGCGAUAGGCAGAGAGGGAACCGACCAUCAGUCGAGGAUGUCCAGUUCAAACAGUUGAACGACCAAGUCGCGGUCAAACGUCGUGGAGAUGUCAAAGGAGAACAGUUCAUCAUAGACAAGUGCACGGUGAGUAAGAUGUCAUAAUACGCAAUAAAUACAAUGUAUACAUAACAUAACUAUAGUAUAAGCAUCUUCAUACCAAAAUGAUUGUUGUAUACCGCAAUAAAAACGUAAUGUUAAGUUACAGAGCAUAUAGAUAACGUUGUUUUAGAAUAGUCUUCUGAUGGUGCUCGACUCAGUAUCCACCGUAACCAUUGAUGACUGUGAAGACUGUAUCAUCAUCUUAGGACCAUCUAAAGGAAGUGUUCACAUCAGAGAUUCUAUUCGCUGCUCCAUUUUCACGUCCUGCCAACAGUUCAGAACCCGAGAUUGUACCUUAAUGGUGCACUUGUUUUGUUCUACUAAGCCCAUCAUCGAGGAUUCUACCGUGGAAUUCUACCCUCUGUUCUUAAGGUAUCCGUUUAUAGAAGGUAAGUCUAUGAAAGGUAACUUUGGUGUAACAGAUUAAUUCAGAAAAUCUGUUAGAAUCUUCCCUGCCAUCCUUCACCAACUACUGGUACCGAGUCCACGACUUUACACCCGAAACUUCGAAAUUCAAAGUGUUCGACCGACCGAAACCUAUGAAUUCCAUCUACUCCCCCAACAUCGAGUGGCUACAAGAACUGAAGAAGGAGCGAGUUACAGUAUCCGAGAACGAAUCCUUCUUCUUCUACACACCGUGCCAACAAGAAGUCGACGAUCAGAUCGAAGAAAUCACCAUCAUCAUCUUCCACAUGCUAAAAGAUGUCAGUCCAGAACAAGUGGCCAUGUUCUACCAGACUAGCUGGUCCGUGACCAGAAGGUUAAUAUCUGACAGUAACUUGGCCAGAAUGAUACGAUCGCACGACCUGACGUUGAAAGAGGGAGAAUUGGCCAAUGUAUUAGGGCAAAAGAAGAACAAAGUUAGCGGUGAGUGAUGUUAUUCAGUAAUAAGCUCAAAUUUAAAAGUGUUAAAACAAGAAGCGUGCUUCUAAGUAUUAAUAUUAUUUAAAAACAAGAAUAAGACAUAAAGGAUAUAGUCAUAACCUAACAACAAACCUAUUUCAGGUAGAGUAGUAGUCGUAGCAAUGGCCGGAUCGACCGGUCGAGCCCGUACAUUCAUCGAGAGCAUAAUAGCGCCCAUCAACUAUCCCAACAUGUAUGUCCAAGUGGUACCAACCGAACAAACAAAUCAAUAUCUUAAAGCGUUCAAUCGACUUUCCGACCUCCAGGGUAACAUAUAA